GUGGUCGAAAUUUAUGUUUCGACGUUGCCAGCCAAGACAUGUGAUGAAUUGUUUUAUUUCAGUGAUGGAAGCGUCGUCUCUUUUUGCAUUAUUACUGGGUACAAACUGGAUUCUUUUUCUUUGGAAUUACUACCUCCAGUAUCGGCAAUACGAUGUACAUCGUAGGAACGAUAAAAGACCAAAGCAUGUUGACGCGUUAAUCACGGAAGAGGAAUACGCCAAAGCCCGUGAUUACAAAUUAGACAAGCACCAUUUUUCCUUUGCACAUGAUCUCUUCUCACAAGUAUGGACCACGUUUAUUCUUGUAAGUGGUUGGCUACCAUGGCUCUGGUAUGCUUGUGCUUCAUACCCACUGCAUUCUGUUGUAUUUAUUGCUGUUAAUGGACUCAUAGACGCAUUAAUCGACUUGCCAUGGGACAUGUAUGACACAUUUGUUAUCGAAGAUCGACACGGGUUUAAUAAGCAAACACUUGGAUUUUAUUUCACAGACAAGGCAAAGAAAUGGGUACUUUCCCUAGCAAUUAUGGCUCCAGUAUUGCUAGUUAUUGAGUGGAUUGUCGAACACGGAGGUCCAUACUUCUUUGUUUACGUAUGGUUAUUUGUGUCUGUUGUGCUUUUCUUGCUUUUGACCAUCUAUCCAGCCUUCAUUGCACCACUGUUUGAUAAAUAUAUCCCAUUGCCUGACGGAGAACUAAAGGUCGCAAUAGAGAAACUCGCAGCUUCGGUUGAUUUUCCUUUGACAAAACUUUACGUUGUGUAUGGUUCCAAACGCUCUGCCCACAGCAAUGCGUACAUGUACGGUUUCUGGAAUAACAAACGAAUUGUGCUUUACGACACUUUGUUGAGUGGAGAAGAAAAGGAGAAGGUGAUCAAAGAAUGUGCCGAAGCAGCCGAUGAAAUGAAUGAUAAGGACAAGGCCCGAGGAAUGUCCAAUGAUGAGGUGGUGGCUGUGCUUGGACAUGAGCUAGGACAUUGGGCAUUAUGGCAUACGAUGAUAAAUCUGAUAAUAGCUGAGCUCAAUAUCCUGCUGAUGCUCACUGUGUUCGCGUACUUCUAUCGCUGGAAACUGCUCUUCCAGGCUUUCGGUUUCCACACCACUCCUACCUUGGUCGGUCUGAUGUUGGUUUUCCAGUACGUUAUGGGACUAUAUAACCAGAUCACUGAAGUGCUCAUGUCUAUCCAUUCACGACGAUGUGAGUUUGGUGCUGAUGAAUAUGCGGUCAAAUUGGGGUAUGGAGAUAAACUGAUUUCAUCUUUGACGAAGCUAGGCAAGGACAACCUGUCGCUACCUAUUGAUGACCCUCUGUAUUCUAUGUGCAACCACUCACAUCCUCCAAUUCCGGAGCGAAUCGAGGCAAUCAAUAAGAAAAGAUGAUGACGUGGCUAGUUUUACAGAUUUCCUCUUCCAUUCAUGUCAUCUAGCUUUUGUUGUGAAUUUUUGCUUUGAAAUUGAAGGGCUGACUAGUCGACCUACUUGAGCCUCUAUGCUUUGUAAGUCCUAUCCGUUGCUUCUAUCGCCUAUGUGUCUGUAAAGACAAUUACCUCUUCAUGUUAUUUGAUAUCAUUAUUUUAUCACUAUUGAGACAUAGUGACUGGGGUUUUCGUAAUGAGUGUGAACGCAACUUACCAUCUAGAAGAUAAAUUUCAACUUAACAGUGUCGUGAUUUGAUUGUGAAGGCAAAAGAAGGAAAGCGACAAUCUCAUAGUCAGGCGUCAACACAGAUUUGAAUACGCAUGUAAAUGAAAUGGGCAUUUACAAUACAU